GUUGGUAACACUGCCCGCGCAGGCGCAGGCGCAGGCACAGGGCGAAGGCUCAGCGGCUCAGGCGCAGGCUCGGGUCACCAUUCGCGACUCUCGCGCGUGGCUCGCAGUCGCAGGCUCAGUCAGUGAUCGCUCGGACGCCACUCGCGCCGCACGCCGCACGCCGCACUCCGUACGCCCCACCACACCCACUCUCGCCGCGAAAAAACACAAUAAAACCAACCGACCCCGAGUGACCCCAAAAGUGCAUACCGAGCGUUCGACGAACGAAACGACUUCGCGAACCUUCACCGCCAUAUUUAAUCCCAAAUUAUCAUAGUUUACCCUAACACUCCGCUUGCCAAUAACAUACGUGAGCUUUAUUAACUGUUAACUCUUUAAGUUAUAACAAUAAAAUUAUAUGAAUUAACAUAAAGGUGAAAACGAAAAUUAGCGAACUGUGCACUGGAAGAAGAUUGCCGGCGAAUUUUAAAUGUUAACGUGCGGGUCGUAGGACUGGAGGUUGGAGACCAGCAUGUCUGAGGGAGACGUGUCCCUGAUCCGCGACGAGGACCUGUUGCGCCGCAUGUGGCAGCAGACGGAGGACUUCGCCCGUAAGAAAGAGAUCCGCGGGCACAUGUACAGGCUGCGGGAGGAACGCCUGCGCAACCUGUACUCGCCAGAGCCGCCCGCCAAGGACGGAAAAGGUUGUGAAUUCACGUCGGAGCAGGGGCAUGUCAAGUCCUUCGCCGACCAGACCUUCCAGUCCAUGAAGAGCAAGGAGGUGCGCGACGCGGGCUCCCCGCCCAAGGAGUUCACGUACCGCGGCCAAGAUUUGAAGGAGCUCUCCAAUGCCGGCUGGAACGUCGAGUCAGAGAACCGGACGUCAGAUGACGGGCAUACUCACGUAAAGUCAGUGCAAGCCAAUAUCGAAGGCCGAUAUGAUGUAGACGGCGGGCGUGGGCAGUUUGCCGCCUGUGAUCAACACAAGCAGGCGGUCACAGAAUACCAAGACGACAACACCAGCCUCAAACGUAACGAGAGCUCCUCCAAUACCUCUGCUCGCGAGCAAGUCGUGAGGAAAACGGAUGAUGGAACACAUUUUUCAUCCACUACUAGCUCCUCUACUUCAGCAUCGAAAGUCCAGCAAUUUUCCUCGACGAAACACGAAACAGUGCCAUAUUUAACCAACGAUGACUAUGACCGACAGCAAAUUGAUGAUACUUACCGAAAUGAACAAUCGAUAACAAGAAGAGAAGUCACUAAUGAUUACGAACAAAGCUUGAGGAGAAAUGAUUUAGAGCAAGGAGAGUUAGUAUCCAGGAAAAUUGAUUACCCCGAUGACAACACCAAAAUUGUUGUUGAAACAAGGCUUUUACCAGAUGGUACCCGUGUGACUAGCACACGUCGAGAAUUUCAUGCGCCUGUCGUACACAACAGUCGCUCAGAACAGCAUUCACAACAAACGAAAAGGGAGACCCAGUCAUAUAAAACUUCUUCACAACAAAAAUCUGACUCCAGGGAAUUUACAUCAAAAGUAACACAUCAGAAUGUUGACAAUCAGUGUACCAAUAUUGUGGACUCUCAAAAAACAGCUGAUGCAUAUGACUUUAAACGAGAUCAACAAACUCAUUUCGUCGACAGAAACGAUACUAAAGAACAGGUAGAUCGACAUCAGCAUACAACAAAUAUAGAAAAAACUAAUAAACGAGAAGUAAUUUCUGAAGACGUUCAGAGAAGCAACAAAAAAGAGCACUAUGAAUCUCUUGAUGUACAACAUCUGUCCUCUGAAACAAAGAAAGACAAAUUAACAGAGGAGGUUACCGAAAGGAAAGUGACAAAUGACCAAUAUCAAACUACUUACAAUACUGAUUAUACCCAAAAAAAGAUAAGCAAUGACUGGAGUCCGACUCAGCAAGCUUGGGCUAGCACCCUACGGGCUGACACUCCAACUUCCACAACUCCCUCGACGAGAGCUUCCUCACCAGGUACGCGCACUUUUCAAUCCAGCACAUCUUCUCUGAGAAGUAGUGUGAGCCCUGAUAAAAUCAGUAGGAAACCACAUAGCCGCGGAGGGAGUCCUACCAAAGUAGACAGACGUUCACCUACUCGUACAUCAUCUGAAAAGUAUUACAGUACACAUUCUAGCAAUUCUGUAAUUGAAAGUAAAACCAAUAGAUACGUUAGUCCUGAAGGAAAGCCUUCACAUGGAAGAUCUCCCACUAGGCCCAGCUAUAGCCCUGAAAAAACUCUGAGAACAAGUGUUAGUCCUGACAGGGACCCAAAUGAAUCUCCUCGUAGGUCAUAUACUAGCCCUGAUAGAAAGACUCCAAGCAGAAUGGGUCCCUCCGAUAAUAUAAACAGGAAUCAAGAAAAACUACAAAGGCCAAAUGAAAGUCCUGACAGAAAACCUUCUCCUUAUAAUGUUCCAGGGCGAAGUUACCCCAGAAGCACAUCGCCUUCGAAAUUCCAAAACAAUAACAUGAUGCCUCGUGCAGUGCGUUCAGAACAAAGUCCAACAAGACUUUUAGAUCAACCUCAUGCAGUUGAAGCAGUUUUGAAAAAGUCACCUUCCCCUACAAGAUUCCCCCAUCGAUCAAGCAUUAGUCCCGAAAAAAUACUUCCAGAUAGCCAUACUAGAGGUUUGUCACCAGCAAAAUCUCCUCGCGAAAAGACACCCACUGAUAAAGUAUGUCCAACUGCAUCUCAUCCUCGCGAUGUAUCCCCAGCCAUUCAACAUAGAAGUCCAAGUCCUGCACGUAAACCAAUUAAUCAGCGUAAUAACGAUAUACCAGAUCCACAUAAAAAUAUAGAGUCACGUCAAUCAAGUGGCAGCCCUGAGAGAAAACCAGGCUAUAUGAGACCAACUGCAGCAAGUCAAUCUACCAAUACAGAUACUACUAAAAUUUAUCCCAAGAAAAAAGCUGUAAGUCCUGAUAGAAAAACUCAUUCAACAAAUACCGUCCCGAAGGAACCAAUUAAUAAAUACACAAAGGAGAAAAUUGAUCACUAUACAUUCAUUGACGAAGAAACCAAAAUGUAUUCUCAUACGAAAAGAGAAAAUGUGGAAGAGUACUCAAAAAGAAGCGAUUUUACCGAUAGUACUCAUAUAGAACGCAAAUCUCAUAAAAGUCCAUCGCCAAUGCGAAGUAGUCCCCUAGCAGAUAAACCAGAUGAUUAUCAACGUGAACGUAUACCGAGACCUACGCUGAGGAAAAAUUCUAGAUCACCAUCACCUCCUAAGGGACCUGUUACUUUUACAGAAGAGCUUAAGAGUGAUACUAUAAAUACUGAUAAAAUGGAAACAGACAUAACCAAACUCAAUAAGUACAGUAAUACUAUAGAACUAAUCGAUACUUUACAUGAUAAAGAUCAUUCAGUUUCAAAAUACGACACAUAUGACAAGAAAAGUCGUCUCAACGACACUAAUGAUGAAACAAAAACAGUAGUAAGUGACCGUUACGAUUCACUAACACGUAGAGAAAAAUCACAGAACAAAGGAUCAGAAAGUCCAGUGAAAAAGACUCCGCGUCAAAGUGCUUCACCCGUAAAACCUAAUUAUAAGAACACUCAAAUAACAAAUGAUUUUAUAAGCUGUGAAAGGACUACGGAGGAACUCAAUAAAAAGACAGUCACAAAAGAACGCCCCCGGCAGCUGAUAACACCUUCAACGAGUCCAACUAGAAAACCUAAAAUAGAUGAAACAGCUCCCUCUACUGGACAAAGUUCACCUACAACAUCUGUCAGUGGAUUUAUUUACUUUAGCUCACCUCGUGCUGAGCAAACUAUUGUAACUGACCUUGACGAACAUGAUUCAUACACAGAAAUUGUGCAUUCUGAACCAGCUACCACGGUACACGGAAGGCCAAAAAGCUUAGAUGUAAAACGAUCUCCUUCACCUUCUAAAAUUCCUUGUAGAUCCCCUUCCCCGGAAAAACGUAUUUCGCCAGUUGCUGAAAAUCUUCCUAGGAAAAGUUCCUUAAAAAAGCCUUCUGUUGUUAAUCAAGUGUCACCAACCGAAAAACCACCCACAAAUUUCCGCAUUUCUCCUUCCGUCGUCAACCAAGAUCAACCCGACCAUAUAAUUGUUAAAAAAGAUAGACCAGAGGGGAAAGACCUUAAAAAUAUUAAAUCAAAGCCUCCACUUGAGAGACGGGAGACCUAUGAAGAACGUUGCCGUAAAAUAUUGGGUAUGAUGGAUGACGAUAAGAAUAAGACAAUAUCCAAAAAUAAUAAAGAUCCAUCAAGCUCACCUAGUAAGUCUCCCACAGAUGGUGUUAGUUUUGAACACACUAUUAAUAAAGAAACGACGAAAACUCAGUCCACUACUAAUGAUUUCAUAAGUUAUGAAAAAGAUCACAACACGAAAUACGCCGAUAUUACUAAAUCACCCCAAAGUACUACAAAAGUCCCGUCUAGAGACAGCUCUCCAACUAAAUUACAAGAUAUAAUAUCGCCAAACCUGCAUAAAAAAUCUGAUACUACAAUAUUGUUUCAUCAAGAAAAUACGUCUUUAACAACUGACGAAAAUGAAGAAAAACAAUUAACUCAUAAGAUAAAAAGUGAAAAGCAUACUGAUAAAUAUGUUCGGUCUAGUAUAAGUCCUGAGAAAAAAACUUGUAAAGAAUCACCAAAAGGUCACACUGUUGAAAAAAGCCCAAAACAACCAGAAAAUAAAUUAGACUCUAACCGCUCUUCUCCUACUAAAACACAACCAAAGAAAAGUGUUAGUCCUGAUCGAAAGCAAAAUAUUAAAAAUUUAGUUACUGAAAAAAAGGCAGAGAACAUAAAAUCCUCCACAGUAUUAAGACAAGAAACCUACGAUGUUGAUGAAAGUCAACUUCUAAGUGAAUCUACUCACCCUCGGGAGCCAAAAUGCAAAUCUCCUACCUCAACAACAAACAAAUAUUCACCGUCACGAGAUCUGCAGAAAAACACCCCAGUACGAAGUCAAUCUCCCAACAAACCCACAGCUUCUGUAAAUGAAAAAACACAAGAGAUGAAAUCCUCCACAGUAAUAAGACAAGAGACAUACGAUGUUGAUGAAAGUCAACUCUUAAGUGACUCUACUCUGCCCUUUGAGCCAAAAUGCAAAUCUCCUACUUCAACCACAAACAGAUUUUCACCUUCACGAGAUCUGCAGAAAAACACGCCAGUACGUAGUCAAUCUCCGAACAAACCCACAUCUUCUGUGAAUGAAAAAACACAAGAGAUGAAAUCCUCCACAGUAAUAAGACAAGAAACCUACAAUGUUGAUGAAAAACAACUUUUAAGUGACUCUACUCACCCCCGUGAGCCAAAAUACAAAUCCCCCAUUUCUACAACAAAAAAAUAUUCACCGUCACGAGAUCUGCAGAAAAACGCGCCAGUACGAAGUCAAUCUCCGGACAAACCCACAGCUCCUGAGCAUAAAAAAACACAAGAAACGAAAUCCUCUACAGUAAUAAGACAAGAAACAUACGAUGUUGAUGAAAGUCAACUUUUAAGUGACUCUACUCUGCCCAGUGAGCCAAAAUGCAAAUCUCCUACUUCAACAACAAACAGAUAUUCACCUUCACGAGAUCUACAGAAAAACACGCCAGUGCUAAGUCAAUCUCCGAACAAAUCCACAGCUUCUGUAAUUGAAAAAACACAAGAGCUUAUGAUUUCUGAAAGAGAAAAAGAAAUAUUAGACAGAGUACAACAAUCUCUUCGAAAAUUAUCUCCGAACAGAACUGAAAAAUCUCCCAGUCGUGGUAAGAGUCCUUCCAAAUCAACAACUGCAAUGCAAGAUACAGAAAUAUUAAAGAAUGAAAUUACCAAUAUAACAGAGGUCACGCAAUCUGAGGAAAGUACUAAGAGUGUAACCGCCAUAGAAAAAAUACAACAUGGUCAUCAAAAGACUAAAAGAGAGCCUAAUGAUGAAAAACCAUCAAGCAAAUUACCUUCCAGAAAUACAUCUCCUGUUAAAAGAAAUAUGGCUCCCACUCCGGUCAAAAGUCCUGAAUAUAACAAAUCCAGAAGUAUCUCUCCUAAGAAACCAGUGACAUCUACAGAAAGACCUCAAUCUCCACAUACCCAAAAGACUAGUGGCAUUAAGACGAGAGAGACUGUAUUAAAUUACUCUUCCAAAAAACCUACAUCACCUACUAAAACAGAAAAAAAUAUUAUAACUAGUGAUAUAAAGAAAUCUAUGACAAAACAAAAUAGUUUCACAAAGACGACACCGAAGACAACACAUAAAAUAAAUCAAUUAACUGAUAACAAAACUACUGAGCCGGACUUAAAACGUCCAAUGCAAAAAAACCAACAGCAUUUACCGAAAAAAGAGCCAGAUACAAAAGUAGCACGUACAGCUAGCGACACAGCUUUAAAAACAAAAAAAGCAUCACCUCAAAGAAUGAAAUCGAAACCAGAAAUACAAAUCACUGAUGGAUCAUUAUUUAAAACAUCUAAACAGAUCACCAUCAACCGAAUUACUAAACCAACAAUCACUGUAAAUCAAACAAAAUUACCGAAUAAACCAAAAUCAGCUACUUCUUUAAAUACAUCGAUCGAUGAAGACGAUAUCAUUAUUGACGUCCAACAAGCUAAGUCAUCAAGAGAAAAUUCACCAGACAGAAUUUGUCCUACUCCAAUAAAUUUUACAGAUGAAGUUGGCACGCCUAGGUAUCCUGACGAAGUCAAUGAACCCGAUGACGAGUUUCGUCAACGAACUUAUAAUACAAUACAUGAAACUGAAACAAUCGUAGAUGAUAUUAUAGAGAUAUGUGAAGAUGAUGAAUUGUUUGUAAAACGCGAUAUUAAAAAUACUGAUUUUGAGACAGACGAGUACCUUUUAAGUGUCAAUGACAAGGUCUCUAAGUUCACCAAUAAAGUGCCAACAACCAAAGAAACAACAAAGCUUUUUAAAGAUGUAGAAAGAAGAGAACAUUCUGAUUAUACAGAAGAAGAUUUAAAAUCUGAUGAAUGUUUAUUAACAGUUUCUGAAAAAGUGAACAAGUUCGCUAACCGUCCAAGAGAUGUAGAUUCUAAGAGCCCUUCACGUAGAAUUGUGGAUGAUUAUGAUAAAAAUACAAUAUAUCAGGAUGAUUAUACAAAAUUAAGUGUAAACGACAAAGCCAAUCUAUUCGUUGAAACUGCCGAGAAUAUCAAAGUACCAAAAGCAAAAUCUACAUCAAAAGUAGAACGUCCAGACCUAACGGAUGUCGACGAAUCUUUGAAGAGUGAUGACUGUUUAUUGAGUGUAUCUGAUAAAGUUAAUAAAUUCGUAAAAACAGCGGAACAAUUUUUGCAUCAUUCUCAAGAAACGGAUGAAAAAGAAAAAAAGAUCAAGGAACAGCAUGAUCUAAUCAUGAAAAAAAUUGUUGAAAACAUUGAUGUUGACAAUUAUAAUUCGAAAGAAAUGAUUGAUGAAACCAUAGAAAGGCUGGAAGAGACUGAUCGUCUUUACAGAAAGAAAAAUGAUGAUCACAAUGAAAAAAGGAACUCAUUUACAAAAGAAACUGUAUCAUCUCAUGCUAAAGUUAAAGAGUUUCCGAGUCAAAAUAUGAACACAGCAGGGAAAGCCCCGACAAUAAAAAUAACAACAUUACGCAGUAGCGAAGCAGUAAAAAAAGCAAAGGCGCUUUUUGAAAAUAUUGCUUCUACUCAAAAAUCAAACGAAACUGUUAAGGGAAAAACAACAAAACUGACUGAUAUUGGUGUAAUAAAAAAAUCACCAAAAGAUGACACCUCUAUUGAUCUUCAUCCAUCUCUCGAAGAUACCGUCUCAUCUAAUAUAACAGACAAUGACAGUGAAGUAGAUUCAGUUCCUGAACAACCAGACCAACAUAUAAACCGACCAUCUAGAAAAACACCCUCUAGAUCUCAGCCACAGUCAUCAUCUGAGCAUCCACGCAGCAACCCUACUAAUCUCAGUCCACAUUAUUCAGAAAACAGACGAACUAAAUCACCUAUGAGACGCUCUAUUGAAACUACUACAAUAUCUAAAACUGAAAUUACUUCACAUCCUGUUCAAAGAGCCGAGUCACCGUAUUUAGUGCGCACUGAAAAUUCAAAAACACCGCAAGAGACUGUGCCUGGUUACCAACGUCCUACUAAAACUAGUCAGAUGAAAGAAGAAACAAAACCAGUAGAAGAACCAGAGGUAAGCAGCCGUCGUGGGAGCGGGAAGUUCGGCGUCGAGUUGCGCCGGACUAGCGUGGAGAGAUCGACGAUCAGUAGUGAACGCCGCCGUAGUGUCGAGCAUCAUCAGCCCUGUAUAGAAGAUAUUUUUGACUUAGACCUCCUGGAACAAAUGUUGGAAAAAGUCGUGGGCUAUGAGCAAAGGCGACGGAUAAGAGCUCAAAUAAGAAUCGCUAGAAAGAGGAUUGAAACUGAGACAGACACUUACACGAAAACUACGAAGCACACUACAUCUACUGUAACAAUCUCCAAGUCUAAAUCUCCUGAUCGUAAACAACCAAAGUCACCAGAGCGUCAACCUAAAUCAUCUUCACACAAAGCGCAAUCUCCUGAACGUCAGGCUACACACAGUUUAUCAAGGACCGUUCUCGAUCACAGUCAGCCAAAGGAGCAGACACCUAUGACAAACGGGCAUGCAAAGGACUCCGUUAAGCAUCGACCUCGCAGUCCAGGAAAAUCGCCUAAAUCACAUCCUACGACCAAAAGCCCUGUCCGUCAACCGAGCCCAGAUAAGAAAACUAGAACUACUUCUCCCAGUAAAACGCCGGUUAUGAAACCGAAAACGAACCGGUUUAAUGAAUAUGCGUCUGCAUAUUUGAAAAAAGCGGGCAUCAAUGACUCUGACAAAGUCAAAGUGUUGGAAACCAAAGUCAAAAAGAACACAGAAACAAGUGACCGAAAAAUGUUGAGUCAGACCAAUGAGCAGAAAGUGACCGAAACAAAAUCAACCAUCUCCAAAAGUUUUACCGAGAGAACAUCGUCAAAAGAUACGAUAGAUGUAGUCCGUGUUAACGGAAAAAGAACGCCAUCGCCUGAGAAAAAACGAAGUCCUGAGCGGAAAGUGGAGACUCCGACCGAGCGACUGCGGGAGAAGUCACCGAGUCCGGUGCUGAAACGCCAGUUAUCUGAUUCUGGUAGGAAGGAGACCAUAAUAAAGACAGUAUACGACAUCGAUAAGAAAGUUCAACCGAAGAAUCCGCAGGAGGAGAAGCCAUCGUGGGUGACGAAUAAGAACCUGAAAAAGAUAACUUCGGAGACGCGCACCUUCAGUAGCAAGAAGAUCGAGAGUGAGAAGCCGAAGUACCGCGCGCCGAGUCCGUCCAAGGCCAUAGUGAAGCCCAUCGACGUGAUCACGUCCAGCUACGGGCCGGGCCCCCUCGAUGCCGACGGGAAGCCUCUGUUUGGCAUUAAAGCACUGCGUAAUGGCGCCUCUAAUUAUCAAGUGAAAGGCACGGUGAUCCGGCAAGAGUUCCACUCGCGCAAUGGCAGCGAGCCGGAGGGUAGCGUGUCGGUGACCGCGUACUCCAGCUCGCCCGAGGAGCUGGAGCGGCUGCUGCGGAGCCAGGGCGAGCGGCCCUCGCGACUGCACGGCCUCGCCGCCAUCACCACCACCAAGAAGUUCGGCGGCACCACCGGACACACCUACAACGACAUCCAUACGAAAGAAGAACGCGCAGCCUUGGACCAGUUCACACAUAGCGAUCGGCGAGUGGUCGACAGUCGAGUUGAAAUCUCUGACGUCACGUCCGACACGAGAGAGAAACGCCUACACGAAAUACAGGACGUGGAGAGGACAAGAGAGGAGGAAGACAGAAGAGAGAGGUCGUACCAGGACCAGCGACGGGAGUGCAGCGAUAAAUCGGAGAGAACGGAAAGGGUAGAGAGGAGUGAAAAGAGCGAAAGGACUGAGAAGACACAGAAGUCCGUCCGAAGAGAGGACAAAAAGACAGUCCGACAAAGCUCCGUUAAGUCCCUCACUGAGAAAUUCAUCAAAAACGCAAGUGAAGCACCCAAGCCCAGCAGCGCGUACCCCAAAGCUGGGCUGAUCCUCCGCACGGCCACCAUGAAGGACAGCGUCUCCAGCGACUCGUCCGUGCACGCUGGUUUAGCGCGCACCGACAGCGAACACAGCUUAGGCUCCGUAGAAGAAGUGAUCGUGACCAGUAGUACUGACCGCACCGGUCGCACGAGCUCUGACCGCAUGACCCGGGCGACUACGCAGGCCGACCGCGUGACUCGGGCGACCCCGCAGGUCGACCGCGCGAACCGGGCGACCACUCAGGCCGACCGCGUGACCCGGGUGACGACGCACACGGGUCGGUCCGGCCCGGCCGUCGACCGCGCUGGUCGCACCACCGUCACCACUACCACCACCACAACGCGCGCGCGGGCGCCAGCCUCCUUCCUCGACAGUACCACCAAAGUGACAGGUGUCCAGGACAUACUCACCAGGAUGAAGAACGCUGACAUAGUGAUCCAAGAAGGCGACAGCAGCGAGGACAGCGAGGCACGGGCGCUGCUCAACAAGUUCCUGGGAGCCACUGUGCUCAUGGCCGGCAUGCAGGGCUACGUCACAGAGGGCAGCCCGGGCAAGAUGACCAUCAAGGAGACAGUCCGCAGCAGCAGCGGCGGCCAGGUCACCAGCAGCACCAGUGUCGAGGAGUUGGACCUCGAUCAGUGCUGGGACGAGCGGAUACUUAGGAAACUCUUGGACGAGUGCACCGACGCGGAGCAGCGACGUCGACUGCGCGCACGCAUACGUAGCCUGAUGGCCGAACAAGAAGCAUGCGCGACCGCCGUGACGGAGGCGUUAGCGGCGGCCGGCGAGACGGUGGAGGGCGGGGACGGCGACGCGCGUGAGGAAGAAGAAGUGACCACUGUGACAUCGAGCGUGAGGAGGAACUCGUCGGAAAAAACCAUUAGCAGUAGCACUACUACUAAAACUACUAAAGUUAUCGAGAGCAUGACUCGGCCGGCACCGAAGCCCGUGUCGCCAUUCACUAAAUUCCGACAGCUCGAGAGGCAAAACUCAACUAACAGUCCCAAGUAAGUGAUGGACCUAGCUUUAAUAAUAUAAAGAUAAGAAAAUAUAAUCAUGGAAGAACAAACCACCACGACUUUUUCUAAUAAUAUAUCCAAAUAUCGUAAACACAAUAAAACAGCACUCGAAGAUUAUACAAAACAAUGUUAUAUUAAAACUUCCAGCUUCGUAUAUAUUUUAAUACAGUAUAUUUAUUUAUUUUUAGCAGCGAUAUCUGUGGAUGCGAAUAAGGAAUAAAUACAAGUAAAUAUUAAAAUUCAGUAUAUACGUAUGCAUUUAUAACAUAUACCUAUCAUAGUCGCUUCAUUGCGUUAUUUAUUCGUGCAUACAUAUUUUUAAUUAUAAUAAUUUCUCCGAUGAAUAAAUAUGUGCGAUGUUAACUUAAAUAAUGUUUAUGUCCUCUUCAAUGUAAAACAUGGGAAUUUUUAGUAAAUAAAUUCAUAUUGUCACGAAUCGCAUGUACUUAUUCUGUUUCUCGCAAAAAUGGUACGAAAUUCUAUUUAAAUCGAGCCCAACUGGAACGUCCAAACAUAUAACACGCGCUGUCUUGUAAAUAACCAACGACAUUAUCAUAACUUGCACUCCCGACAAGCACACAACAUUGAUAGCGCACGUACUAAUUGCGUUUGCGUCUUCUACAUGCCAACACAUGGCUGCCAACUCUAGACAACUAGCCUAUACUGAUCGCGAUAACUCAACGAUAACAAAAGAGCAUCUAGCGGAAAAGGAUGCUAGUUAACGAAGCCGCAAAGUAGGCAGCCCUAAACAUGCAAGCUGGUGUCGAGCCGCAUGAUUAACAUAAGCCCCGGUUGUAGCUCGCCCAAGACGCCGCAGAGCCCGGGCUCUCCGUCGCAGCCCUUGUUCAAGUUCACGGAUCCCGCGCUGCAAGCCAGCGCUCUCACGAUAAAAGAACGAUUGCUGCAAUGGUGUCGCGACAAGACCCGGGACUACGAGAAUGUGAAGCUGGAGAACUUCUCGACGAGCUGGGCGGACGGGCUGGCGUUCUGCGCGCUGCUGCAUCACUUCCUGCCGAACGCGUUCGACUACUCCAAGCUGACGCCCGAAAAACGCCGCGCCAACUUUACGCUCGCCUUCAAAGUUGCUGAUGAGAAGGCGGGCAUAUACCCCCUGUUGGACGUGGACGACAUGGUGGCGAUGCGCAAGCCGGACUGGAAGUGCGUGUUCACGUACGUGCAGUCCAUCCACCGCCGGUUCAAGGACCAGCAGUGACGGCUGCCUCGCCCAGCGGCCGCAGCUCGCAGUAGUCGAGCGUGUCACAGUCACAAACUAUGUUAUCCUAUGUUAUUCCUGAUGAAGUAUAAUUACGUCGUGUCCAAAGAGCGUAUGUUGUUGAAUUUGAUCGUUUGUUUGUUUAUUGUUUGUCAGAUGUUUAUCGUCAGAGUUCGCCCGACUCGUCGUUUCUCCGAGCGCUGUCUCGUACACAGUCCUCCUAUUUAUUGUAUAAUCUCAAGAUGUAUGUGAUUUCUUUUUAUAUUAGCACGUAAGUUUUGACUAACAGUCGGACCGCGACCGGUCGUAGUCUGUAGAUUCUUUGUAUAUGCGUAUUUUCCGCUAUCGAUUCGGGUCGUGGAACAAACGGCGAGGAUCGCUUCGACUUAUUCGCAUAAGAAAGUAGUAUCCGAGCACACCGCAUCGUCUUUUAAUUUUUAUACUAGUUAACAACGCCCCUCCGGCCGUCCGUCCGGCACGACCGACGGUGACAGCGGGCGGCUUAAAAUUGCCUGUCUUUUUUACGAAAUCGAUUACUAUGUUAUUAUUAAAUAUGUUAAUUUAUAUUGAUAGAAAUGAUAAUAAUAAAAUAU